AUGAAGCUGGCUGAAAGGCAUGUCGUCUUGGCAGCCGUUGUAGCUUUCGUCGCGUGGGGUCUCGCCGUACGCGCUCUGCCCAUCUUGCGGUUCUUGGGAUAUGCCUUCACUCUAGGCUGUCUGGUCACUUGUGUGGCAGGUCUGGCAGCGACCUUGACCGUCUCCAGGUCUCGCUCAACGUAUCAGGCGCUGUCUGCCCCUCCCAUUCUCUCCCCUGCUCUUCUCGACCCCCAAAGAUGGCAAGCCGAGGUCUCCAUCCUCCAACGAUCUGGGCAGUACCAACCCAGCCAGCUCUAUGCCAAGUCCCUCGUCGUCUCUCGGGCUCUUGAUUCCCUGAUCGGCCUUGCUCUGCGCGAUUUCGUAUCAUCCUGGUACCGGAACAUCACCAAGAGCCCGGCCUUUGUCAAUGAGGUGGACAAGAAUAUCCGGGUUGCGCUACGCGAGAUAAGAGAUCGCAUACUCAAUGAGGACAUGGUUAAUGUUGCCGUGUCCAGGAUCGUCCCCCUGAUCACAGCACACCUGCGGGAUUUUGACCAGGCAGAGCGGGCUGUACGGGGCCGUAGCUUGAACCGAAACGUCACCGAGUCAGAAGAGCUGGAGUUGGCCAUCGCCGCCAAAUACAAGGAUGGAAAGCUGCAUCCUGCUGCCGCUCUGGCCUAUUCGGACACGAAGACGGUGCAGCAGGAGCACCUCCGCAAACUCCUUGUCCGCAUUCUGCCAGACAUCCUAUCUCCAACCACGAUGGCUAGUCGUGCCACCUUAGUGCUCGUCAAGGAGAUUGUCGCUUGCGCCGUUUUGUUUCCUAUCAUGCAGAUGCUUUCCGAUCCGGAUACCUGUAACCAGGUCGUGGAGGCGUAUGGACGCACCACGUUACAGGAUCGAAAGACUGUCCGCAAAAUGAGGGCCGCGCUGGACCAACAUGCUUCGCCCACGCCUCGAAGCAGACCUGGUCAGGAUCUGCCUCGUCUGUUACCUAGCGAUAGCGAACGAGCAUUUGAGCGGUUUGUUAGAGCCAUUCGUCAGACUAGAAAUCUGUCCGAUGCGCGGAGGUUCCGAAAUUCAAUCGCCAGCCAGAUACAGCGAGAGAGCAUGGUGGAAGGUCAAGACCCGGUCUAUCUGCGCCGAUUGGAGAUGGCUAAGCGCGUCCUAGAACAGAAGAUCGAGAAGCUGACUCAAAAUGGAUCCCUGCCACCCACAACUGCAUCGCGACCAGAUGCGCGGCCCGGUCCAGCUGUCAAGCCGCGCGAAUGGACCAUGGUCGAGAUCAUGCACACCGCUUCAGGACUCUCGUACAUCAUGGAAUUUAUGGACAGGCUUAACCGCAUGUCGCUGGUCCAGUUCUGGGUGGUGGUCGACGGCUUCCGCAAUCCCCUAGAAGACGAUUUUGGAGACGAAAUGAACCCAGGCAUCCAAGAGAACUGGACGGAUGCGGAUCGCAUGGAUAUCGCGCAAAUCAAUGAAAAGUACAUGCUCAAAGCAGAGUUGAACAUUCCUCAAGAAUCAAAGGAUGCUGUCAAGGCCUUUCUGGCUUCUGGGCGAAGAGCAACGCCACAACAGUAUCGAGCUGCAAGGACGGCGAUACUGUCCGCUCAGUCUGCUGUUCUGGAAGAACUCGAAACACGGUACCUGCCUCAGUUUCGCAAGUCGGACCUUUAUUACAAAUUUCUGGCAUCCAGCGAGGCCGCUGCGGUACGUUCACGCGUGCAAAGCACGGGUAAUCUCCUCGAGACGAACGAGGCACCUCACAUCCAGCGAACGAAGCCAGCAGCACAGGCCCCGUCUAUCGCGAGAACACACUCACAGCCCGCGACCAAGGCCAAAGAUUUACGCCGAGCCGCUGUGUCUUCCUCAGAUGUGCGGAGCUUGGCGUCUCCGAAGCUAUUCGACGACGAUGACUUGCCGAGACGUCCUGGAGCAUCGGCGCCAUUGUUUGAUGAUGGCUACGACACCGACCCCUUGGCGCAUUCUACUGCCAGCCUCGGACAAGACUCCGUGAACGGGGAUUCAGUGGAUCAGCGCCAGGUGAUCGCGAAUAUGGAAGCAGCCAUGAACAACAUCAUGACGGAGACGCCCAUGGAUGAGACCAUGGGAUUCGAUGACGAGACGCUAUUCGGGUCGCCCGUGUCGGCUACGAAAUCGGCAAGACAGAUUGAAUCACCUAGGAGUUCGCUGGAUUUUCAGGGCAUAGACCAUGCGAACAAGCCGAAGCCGAGCCUCGCCGCGUUGGGCCUUGUCAACACGGCUUCCCGUAUUGGUGUGUUUACUGAUAAUGACCUUUUCCCAGACGAGGAAAAGUUCAUCGAGGAUGAAUACGUUGACACUGACGAUGAAAAGGACAAGAACAUAAUUGAAGAUGAGAUCCAUGAAGCCGCUCCAGGGGACCUAGGGCUUGCGGAGGCCAUCAGCGCUCUGAACAAUGACAUCGAGCGUCUGGUCGCUCAAGAAGCAGUAGUUGACACACUGACCCGGAAGGCCGAGCUGACAAACAACGUCACUGAGCUCCGCAUUCUGGCCAAGUCAAAGGCGAGUCUGCAGCGGGAAGUGCGCCGGAAAGAGCUUCAGCGGCAGCAAUAUAUUGUUCAAGAAAGUGAUAACAGCUUGUACGGGCGAUCUAGUAUCUCCAUCAAAUCGAUCGUCGUCGGUAAGGAGGACGACGGGCGCGAAUUUGCUCUGUACGUCAUUGAGGUUCAGAGGCAGGCGGGCGAUCAGAUGCCAGCAGCAAUCUGGGCCAUUCCUCGGCGGUAUUCAGAGUUCCAUGAGCUGCACCAGAGACUGCGACGCCGAUAUCCAUCGACCAGAAACCUGGACUUUCCCAGGAGGAGAGUGGUCAUGAAGCUACAGAAACAGUUUCUCCAGAACCGACGUCUUGCUUUGGAACGUUACCUGCAGCAGUUACUUCAAAUGCCCGACGUAUGUCGCAGCAGGGAGCUGCGCUCAUUUCUGUCGCAGUCCACCAUUACCUCCCACCAGGAUACGAGCAAAGAAUCGAACGCGCAGGACAUCGUAAGUCGAAUCUACAACUCUGUUACGGAGGGUAUGGACGAAUUCCUGGGAAAUGUCCCAGUCCUCGAUCAGCUCUCGGCUGCCGGACAGAACCUGAUUUCGGCCGCCACAAGUCAACUCGGAAUGAAUCAGGGUGAUAUUGUUCCACUCGACCCCGGCCCAGUUGCGGAGGCCGAAGCCGAAUUAGCGGCGUUUGAAGACAAGGAGCUGGAACCGUUCGUCAAGCCAAUCUGCGACGUGUUCCUGGAGACGUUCGAACUCAACCGAGGCAACAAUUGGCUUCGUGGCCGUGCCGUGAUUGUGGUUCUUCACCAACUGCUCGGGGGGACCAUUGAACGCAAAGUCCGGGAAAUAGUGACGGGCUUCGUGCAAGAGGAUUCGUUGAUCAGGUAUAUCGACCUGAUCAAGGAGACCAUGUGGCCUGGAGGCGGGAAGAUGAGAGAGGUCAAACCGCGAACACCGGGCGAGAAGACGCAAUCCCGCUCCGAGGCGGCGGCCAUGUUGGCUACUCUGGUCCCUGACCUGGCCGGCAACGUGGUGGGCCGAACCAAUGCGCAAGCGGCCGCCAGGAGAAUCACAGCGACCAUGAACAAUGCGCGACUCAACCAACAUCUCGUCUUUACGAUCCUUGACGAGAUUGUUGCCGUGCUUUUUGAUCCUUCAAAGAAAGGAUUCUCAUGA